AUGUUCUACUCACAUCAGCUGCUUGCUCGAAAAGCUCCUUUAGGUCAAAUAUGGAUGGCAGCUACAAUGCACGCCAAGAUGAACCGCAGAAAGCUCGAUCAGAUCGACAUUAUCAGAAUUUGCGAAGAAAUCUUAAAUCCUUCAGUUCCAAUGGCGCUCAGAUUGUCUGGAAUUUUAAUGGGUGGUGUGGUAAUCGUUGAACGCAAAGUUAGACUCCUUUAUGAUGAUGUAAAUCGUCUACUGGUUGAAAUCAACUCAGCAUGGAAGGUGAAACCUGCUGUGGACCCCACAGUUCUUCCCAAAGGCAAAAAUCAAGCCAAGUUUGAAGCUGUGACAUUGCCUGAGAACAAUGCAGAUGUUGCUGAUAUUGAGCAGUCUAUUGACUACUCUAGCAUGUUUAUGGGUGGUGCAACAUUUUAGCAAUCGGCUUACUUUGCUAUGAGACUGGAUACUAUUGCUGAGCUUACAGAGAGCUUCAGGGAAAAUGAGCCAAAUACUCGACACCAUCAAGCGGAACCUGCUAAUAUUACCUUAGAUGAGCCGUUUCAUUCAUUCCAAGUUGACAUGGGUGUCUACAAUCGCUUCGAAAGAUUUGAUAUUGAAGGAGAUGAAGAGACACAAAAUAACUACCCUUCUCAAGGGAACACAGAAAUUCCACCUGCUAAUGUACAUUCUCCGCCUCCAGAAAUGGAGCAGCCACAGGAAGAUGGUAAUAUCAGAAAUUUUUCAACAGCAGAUGACAUUUUUGACCAACAUCCAGUGAGACAGGCUGAUCGAUCUUCUCCUCAACUCAGGGAAGCUAGACAACAACCCCAGCAACAUUUACAGAAGCGAAAGCUGCCAGCAAGAGAGAAAGCAAGGCAAGCUCCUUGUAUAAUGGAUAAUGAACAGACUAUGAUUCCAAGUAAUUUGUACCAAACUUGGCUCCAAGAUUCAGCUGAUGUACGGUUCAAGAGGCCCAAAAUUGCAGAGCAUGCCAAAGCAAAAUCAGCUGUGAAGCUAGCCAAAUUAGUAGACCUGCCACCAGUAGCACUAUCUUGUGGGUUAGUCGGAAGAAACCAUGAAGUUUAUUAUCCAAAACCGCUUCUAGACCUGUGGAUAACAAGUAUGCAGCCUUUGCAAGAUUCACCUUCUGGAAGGACUACUUCUCCCCGGCCACCAGAGCCAUCAUCAUCCUCACCUCCCCAUGGGAAGCAUUAUCAAGAUCCACCAGAAAUGCCGAUGGGGGAUUUUGGCAAUAGAGUCACGUCUGAUAGAAUAGCCUCACAAGAAAAACUACGAAGUAACGUGCCCACAGGAACUGAGGUACCUAUGAAUGAGUUCAACCUCAUGUUCAAUGGUGUGGGCACAUCUAAUCCAAAUGCUGCAGCCGCUAAUUCUGGAACAUCCAUUAAAUCAUUCUCAGUUGCCAGCCCAGUCCCUGGGCUUGACUUCUUGUCAAACACUUCAGACAGCUACCCAGAACGGUCAAGAAAGAAAAGGCCGUCUUCAACCAAAUUCAACAGUGCUGGCCUUGAGUCACUAGAUGAAGAGAACCAAUGGAUACAUGAAGCAGCAGAACACAAUCUUCCUGGUUUUGGUGAGCCACCUCAACCAAGCUUCAAAAUUCCCAGACACUCUCGGCAUGGUCCAACCCCUGAUCAUGAACUGCUGAUAGAAACAGGAAUUACUCAAACUCAGCGUUCCCCAAUUGAUGAGGAGGCUGAGAGGAUGGCCAGUAACAUCACAACGCAUCUGAAGACAUACUUUGAGACCCCAGGAGCACCUCAGACAGAAUCAUUAAACCAGCUAGCAUUUGGAAUGAACAGGAAGCAAGCUGCUCAGCUUUUCUACCAGACUUGUGUUCUAGUUACGCGAAAUGUCCUCAAAGUGCAGCAGAAAUUAGCAUAUGGGGAUAUUACCAUAUCUAGAGGAGCAAAGAUGUGAAAAGGUUUGCUGUAGAGAUAUUACUUUCACUGACAUUCUAAAGUAUGCAGCUUGGGUAAGCUCAGGUGUAUAGGAGAUAAGGAUUAUUUUAUUCCUUAAUAUAUCGCUACUUUGAUUAACACACAAAACUGU